AUGAGUUCCCGUACGACCACUGUUCGACCAACUCGAACAACCACGAAAUCCUCACAGGACAAUGCCACCUCUUCGUCCCAAGAAACUACCCCACCGCCAUCACAAGAUCGCUGUGCCCAUUGCAAAAAGUUUCUCCCCGCUGUCAAAGCCGAAUGCAAAUACUGCCGACUCGUCUUUUGCAUGGAGCACCGACAUCCUGAAACCCACUCUCCACAAGGAUGCGCCAAAAAGGCUCGGGAACAGACCCGCCAGCAAUACCAACGCGACUCUGGACACAUCCUCGGCUCCGAAUCCCACGAUCGCGGUUCCACACACCGUCUAGGCUGGAAUCUGGAGCAAUCGAGACAAGGUCUCCAUCAGCGACUCAAUCAACGUGUCCAAUCGCUUAAAGAAUCCUCCGGUAGAGCUUCGUCUUCUUCUUCAUCACCAGGGUCAGCAUCACCAGGGCCAGCAUCAGGAUCAGGAUCAGGGACAGGAGGAGGCACAAAGAAAGGGAAAAAAUCACCCAACAAACCAAAGACAUGGGGGUCUGGAGGAAGCCGGUUAGGUGGCGUGCCUGGAUCUGGUGCAUCUGGAGGAGGAGGUAAUAAUGGCGAUAAUGGUCCAGGAUCGGCAUCAUAA